CCCUUACUCUAAAGAAAAUAUACCAAAGAAGCCGUGAACCAGCGAAAUUCCUGACCGGACUUUUCUUGAGAACACUCGACCAAAAUAUCUCCCCCCUUGCUUGCUUCCACGCCCCUCUUUCUCACCGGAACUAUGCAAAUCUCCGGCAGCAUCUUCACCGACGUGACGUUAACCUUCUAUCCGUCUCCGACUCCUCCUUUCUGCUGUGCUAGGUCCCCUGACUUCCGACAUCUCCAUACCUUUUCCGACUCCAAGUUCUUCCCCUCACUCGGCGGCUUUUAUAGAGGCUCUAGAGUUGAAUCAUCCCGAGCGAGGAGUUGUAUAGCAAAAGCAUCAUCAAGUGAUUCUGGUUCAGGUUCAGGUUAUAAUUUGCCUCCUGUAGCACCAGUUAAGUUUGAGUCCUCGGUUGGUCAGCUCCUGGAACAAAUUUUGCAAAACCACCCUCAUCUGCUCCCUGCAGCCAUUGAUCAACAACUCGACAACCUUCAAAACGAGAGAGAUGCUCAAAAACAGGAACUUGCUUCCUCAUCUACAGAUAGCCUUUAUAAGAGAAUAGCUGAAGUGAAAGAAAAAGAUAGACAAAAGGCACUAGAAGAAAUAAUAUACUGCUGGAUAGUUCACAAGUUUAUAGAAAAAGAAAUAACACUGAUCCCGAAAGUAGAACCCACCUCAGAUCCUACAGGACGGAUCGAUUUCUGGCCGAACCAAGAAAUGAAACUGGAAUCAGUGCACUCAACCGAAGCACUGGAGAUGAUUCAAAACCAUGUUGACCUGGUCAUUGGGGAACGCAUGGUGGGCCCGUUAGAGUCCCUUGUUGAGAUCAGCAAAAUCAAACUUGGAAAAUUAUACGCUGCUUCAAUCAUGUAUGGAUACUUUUUAAAACGCGUUGACGAAAGGUUUCAACUUGAGAGGUCCAUGAACACGCUUCCAGAAGGUUUUAAGGAGGGGAAGUCGAGUUAUGCGGAACCACCGAUUCCACAAAGCCCGUUUUGGGAUCCGGAUUCGCUGAUCCGAAUCCAACCUGAUCAGUAUUAUGAGGAUGAGGGUUUCACGGUUUCUUAUGAUGACGAUGAUGAUGGUAAAUCAUAUAAGUUGAGAUCAUAUGUGAAGUAUUUGGAUGCAGAGACGCUUCAAAGAUAUGCAACGAUAAGAUCAAAGGAAGCAAUCUCUUUGAUAGAAAAGCAAACUCAGGCUUUGUUUGGCAGGCCCGAUAUUAAGAUUUCCGAAGAUGGUUCGUUGGGUGCCGCCAACGAUGAAGCGGUUUCCGUGACAUUUUCAGGAUUGGCAAUGCUGGUUCUUGAGGCGGUUGCUUUCGGGUCGUUUUUGUGGGAUGCUGAAAAUUAUAUGGAAUCUAAGUACCCAUUUUUUAAAAGCUGAAAAAAAUCGGUUAGCAUGUAUUUUACUUGUGACAUUCCAAUUAUUUUGACAGUCCCGAAUGUCUUGCCUUAUUCAUUGGUCAUAAUACAAAGGAUGCAUAUAAUAAUUUUAACUUA